AUGAAGUUCACUCUAGGCCUGGGGUCGCGGGCGUGGAGAGUGUCCUGGGAGCGCCCGGCGGCGGCGGCCGGCCCGGGGGAGGGCGGCUGCGCGCUCGGCGGCGGCGCACGGCGCGUUUCCAGCCCGCGGCCCGACCGCCGCGGCUCUCGACUCGCGCGAGCCCUCCCUCUAUGCCUCUCCCGCGGCGGCGGCGCCCGAGCUCUCCCGGACUGCGCCGGGCCCAGCCCCGGUCGCCUCGGCGCCAGGCAGCUGGCUGGCCCGCGCGCCAUGGAGCAGACGUAUGGCGAGGUAAACCAGCUGGGCGGCGUGUUUGUCAACGGCCGCCCCCUGCCCAACGCCAUCCGCUUGCGCAUCGUGGAGCUGGCGCAGCUGGGCAUCCGACCCUGUGACAUCAGCCGGCAGCUUCGCGUAUCCCAUGGCUGCGUGAGCAAGAUCCUGGCGCGCUACAACGAGACAGGCUCCAUUCUGCCCGGGGCCAUCGGGGGCAGCAAACCCCGCGUCACUACCCCCAACGUGGUCAAGCACAUCCGGGACUACAAGCAGGGCGACCCUGGCAUUUUUGCCUGGGAGAUCCGCGACCGGCUGCUGGCCGACGGCGUCUGCGAUAAGUACAACGUGCCCUCUGUGAGUUCCAUCAGCCGAAUCCUGCGCAAUAAGAUUGGCAGCCUGGCGCAGCCCGGGCCCUACGAGGCGAGCAAGCAGCCGCCGCCGCAGCCGGCGCUGCCCUACAACCAUAUCUACCAAUAUCCCUACCCCAGCCCUGUGUCGCCUACGGGCGCCAAGAUGGCCAGCCACCACGGGGUCCCGGGCACAGCAGGCCACGUCAGCAUACCCCGUUCAUGGCCCUCGGCACACUCGGUCAGCAACAUCCUGGGCAUUCGGACGUUUAUGGAGCAAACAGGGGCCCUGGCUGGGAGCGAAGGUGCCACCUACUCCCCCAAGAUGGAAGACUGGGCCAGCGUGAACCGCCCGGCCUUCCCGGCCACUCCAGCAGUGAAUGGCCUUGAGAAGCCUGCCUUGGAGGCAGACAUUAAAUACACUCAGUCCGCCUCCGGCCUCUCUGCGGUAGGCGGCUUCCUGCCGGCGUGCGCCUACCCGGCGUCCAACCAGCACGGGGUGUACAGUGCACCCGCCGGCGGCUACCUCGCCCCGGGCCCGCCGUGGCCGCCAGCGCAGGCGCCUCCUUUGGCUCCCCCCGGGGCCGGCGUCACCGUGCACAGCGGGGAACUGGCCGCAGCGAUGACCUUCAAGCAUCCCAGCCGGGAAGCGGCCGAUCGGAAGCCGUCCAGCCCCAGCGGCAAGGCCCCGGAUGGCCUGAGUAGUUUACACGGACUGCCCAUCCCGGCCUCGACGUCCUAG